AUGGAAACUGAAGAAUUAUCUAAUAGUGACAUAGAAGCACAAGCAUUUGCAUUUUACGCAGCUGGUUAUGAUACUUCAGCUUCUACUCUGUGCUUCAUGCUAUACCACCUGGCGUUGGAACCUGAAAUCCAGGAGAGAUUGAGAAAUGAAAUAGACGUUUAUCUACGAACACACGGUGAUCAAAUAGAUCUGGAAACUUUAAAUGAAUUGCCAUAUUUAGAUCAAGUUCUGAAUGAGACACUUCGAAUGUACCCUAGUGAUGAUACUUUGCUACGAAAAGCACAAAACGAUUACAAAUGUCCCGGCACUAACGUAGAAGUAUCUCGAGGACAAAUAGUACUGAUCCCAGUUUUGGGGAUUCACUAUGACGAGAAGUACUAUCCAAAUCCUGAGAUAUUUAAUCCUGAAAAUUUCGCUCGAGAAAAUUUGAUUGGCAGGCACCCGUGCUCAUUCUUGCCUUUUGGGCUAGGGCCACGGAAUUGCAUUGGAAUACGAUUUGCGCGAGCACAGGUUCGUGCAUGUGUCAUCAAGCUGCUUUCUAAGUUCAGAGUUGAAGCUUGCAAGGAUACAGUGCGCUCUUUCUGCUUUGAUCCAUACCGCCUUAAUAUUGCCCCAGACAAGAAGCUCUACGUGAAUUUCCAUCCACGAAUGGAUCGUUAACCUCUAAUUAGAAUUGAAAAAAAAUUAGGAUAGGUACAGUCGAGUUCACAAACAUUCCAAAAAAUAUGAAACAAAGUAUUGUCAUUGUCAUAGAGAAGUUAUUAUUAGAAGUAAUUUCUGGCAUGUUGAUUUAAAAACAUGUGAACUCGAACGCACUUAUUCAUUCUCAGUACAUUUGCGAGGAACUAAUACAUCGCAUACUCGAUAUUUUAAUUGGGAUUGUAUAUAUAUAAGGGGUAUGGAUUUUCUAUAAUAUAUUGGCUUUAUUUGUGACUGGUUGUAUUGUAUUUCAUAGUAAAUAAUUAGCUCGGACGUGCUUAUUGGUUGUUGUGUUGUGUCAAGGGGCAAAAGAUUGUUGACACCGAUGCUAACGAAAGACGCGGCCGUAUAUAUGGCACCGAGUGAAAAUUAUGAAGAUAUUACAAUAUGUGAAGGCCUUUAGCGGGUCUCUAAUAUACGCUGGGGCAAGUUGUUUUGGAUUCAUAAAAAUAGUAUAUCUUGGGAGUACCUAACUCUUUUAAAUCUAAUCAGGUAACUAUUUGCAGUUGGGUUACAGC